AUGGUCAACUCCGACCCCCAGCACCCGCCUGGCGAGCCCGCCCCUGAGAUUCUGGAGAAGCGCAUCUGGAUCGACGGCUGCUUCGACUUUUUCCACCACGGACAUGCCGGCGCCAUUGUCCAGGCCCGUCAGCUGGGCAGCGAGCUGUACAUCGGCGUCCACUCCGAUGAAGCCAUCCUCGAAAACAAGGGCCCAACGGUCAUGACGCUGCAAGAGCGUCUCGCCGCCGUCGACGCCUGCCGCUGGGUCACCCAGUCCGUCGGCCGGGCCCCCUACGUCACCCAGCUCGACUGGAUCUCCCACUACGGCUGCAAGUACGUCGUGCACGGCGACGACAUCACCUCGGACGGCGACGGUGAGGACUGCUACCGCUUCGUCAAGGCCGCCGGCCGCUUCAAGGUCGUCAAGCGCACCCCGAGCAUCUCCACCACCGACCUCGUCGGCCGCAUGCUGCUGUGCACAAAGACCCACUUCAUCAAGUCGCUCGAGCGCCGCCUCGCCGGCGACGAGGGCCACGGCUCCAGCCGCGCCGAGAUCGAGGCCGAGGGCGCCGCCAUGGCCGAGCGCAUGAAGCUCUACGCCACCGACGAGACGGGCAAGAACCCCGGCGUCGAGGUCUGGUUCUGGUCCGCAUCCGACGAGGCCCGCUCCGGCUCCACCCUCGAGGAGAAGGGCGAGUUCAGGAGGUUCCUUCCCGGCAAGGGCCCGCAGCCGGGACAGCGCGUCGUGUACGUCGACGGCGGGUUCGAUCUGUUCUCGAGCGGGCACAUUGAGUUCCUGCGCCGCGUGGUCGAGGCUGAGGAGGAGCUGGCGCGGCAGGAGGGGUGGUACAAUGAGCAGGCCGUCAACGAGCGCGUCGGCAAGGGCGGCGACUACCCGCCCGCCUACGUCGUCGCGGGCAUUCACGACGACGAGGUGAUUAACCAGUGGAAGGGCAUCAACUAUCCCAUCAUGAACAUUUACGAGCGCGGCCUCUGCGUGCUGCAGUGCAGGUACGUCAACGCCGUCGUCUUUGGCGCGCCCUUCUCGCCGACCAAGGCGUACCUGACGUCGCUGCCGUGGGGCACGCCGGACGCCGUGUACCACGGCCCCACGGCCUUCAUGCCGCUCACCUACGACCCAUACACGGGCCCCAAGGAGAUGGGCAUCAUGCGGCAGGUCGGCGAGCACGAGUUCGCGGGGGUUAACGCCGGGACGAUUGUGCAGCGCAUCAUGAAGAGCAGAGACAUGUACGAGGAGCGGCAGCGCAAGAAGGGCGUCAAGGCGGAGGGCGAGCAGGCGGCGCGGCAGCGGGAGAUUCUGGAGGAGGAGCAGGCGCAGAGGGAGGCGGAGAGGGCUGCUUAG